GACGUCAUCUCCGGCCACGAAAGAUGGCCAACAGGCAAACUGUCAAUCCUCUGCUGUUUUCAGCAAAUAGCAACACUGCCUUUGACAAUUUUCCAACUCCAGCAGUACUUAUUCCACCUUCUCAAAAUGAGACGCAGAACGUUCCAAAGGAUGUGGAGGAGGCUGACAAUUUCCUAGGUCAAGGAGCAGGUGAAGGAGAUGCAGCCAAGUUACAGACUGGGACAGAAGCCAGUCAAGAUCUUAUAUUUCCACCAUCAGGCACUUCAGGGGUUGGUCCUGGACCCCCAACACAUCACAAUAUAACAUCUCCAGUCAGCUCAGGAAUUCAGCCAUUAUCUUCUGUAGCACCAUUAGUCAACCCAACUCCAGGGACCACACAGCUCCCCUUUGCUCCCAGACCCAUGACCUCCAGCUUCCCAGGAGUGUCCCCUCCUCUGUCUCGCCCAACAUCUCUGGAUCCACCUGUGAGGCCACCAACAGGACCACCACUAGGCCUGCCACCUCUUGGUCCACCUCCUGUAGCACCAAUCAGCAGUGUGCUUCCCAUCCCUCCUCCUGCAUCUACACCUCCAGGAGGAAUUCAGCCCUCUGUGUCACCAGCUCUUAGCUCUGUGGUUGGGCCUCCCCCAACAGGAUUCUCACCAAAUAUUCAAGUUUCAAAUGGAGCAGAACAGAAAGGUAGUAAUUUCUUGCGUCGACCAAGGAACAAGUAUGUAGCACAACAGCCUCUGGCAAAUUCUGCCAAAAGCCCCUCUAGUUUGAUGCCAUCUGGAGGCCCCUACAGUACAGGGGCUGAAGACUCUCUUUCACCUAGUGCACCUUCAAAUAUGCUCCCAACACCAACCUCAGUGUAUGGAUCACCCAUGUCGUCUUUCAGUACUAACAGUAUAUCCCCAACUAAUAAUCAGUCUCCAGUUAAUAGUAUGUUUUCAUCAAUAUCUAGUAUACCCUUUGGAACAUCCCCAGAGGACAUAAAGCUGAGUUCUGUAAAUCUGGGUCCACAACCAAGCCAAACUUCAGUUCCUCCUUCAAGCACUCAAGAAGAGUGUUCUGCAUCACAGGCUACUGUCAUCCCAGCAUCGUUUGAGAAUAUGGCUAGUAAUCCACCAAGUCAGGAUGGCAUGUACCACCCAGUGAUGCAUCACUGGUUUUAUGCAGUUGGCCAGCCUCCCAUAUGGAAGCCAUUCAGCUUUACAGAUUCCUUUAAUUUGGAAGAUGCUCAUCGAACAGGUAGCACAGACAUUUUGGCAACUGAUGGUGGUCGGCACGAUGUAUGUAUAAGUGAAAGGUUGCGUAGAGCUGUGUUUUGGGAUGAUGCAGAACCUUGCCCAGUGCGGCGUUGUAGUUGGUUUAAGAAAGGCCCGCUAGAUGCACAACCAACACCUUAUGAUGAAGAUGUGGCAGAGAAAUUAGAGGAGGAAUACCGGGAUGCAGUAUUAUCUGGCCGCUGGCAUAAGCAGGUUGAUCUCAAGGAUGGUGACAGGAUAAUGAUUCACUCCACUCGAGUCAUGCUUCACUAUCAAGGGGUUGAGGGAGACUUUCCUACUGGGAUCUCUGUCAAUGGCUCUCAGGCACCUCUGACAGUGAAACGAGGAACUGAAGAUUUUGACAUUUCUGAUGGUGAAGCAGAGAAGAUAGACCAUCUUUUGUUCCUUGUCCAUGGCAUAGGAUCUGUGUGUGAUUUGCGCUUCAGACCUGUUGAGCAGUGUGUUGAUGAUUUCCGGAAGUUAGGCCAACAGUUAUUGAGUACACACUUCAAGCAGUCAGUUGACAUGGGAGUGAUCGGAAGAGUUGAAAUAUUACCUGUAUCCUGGCACAAGGCUCUUCAUGGGGAUGCAACAGGAAUAGAUGAGAAGUUGAAGCCAAUCACCUUGAGGUCAAUACCUAAGCUACGUGAAUUUACCAAUGACACCAUAUUAGAUGUUCUCCUUUUUACAAGCCCAAUCUACUGUCAGCAUAUUGUAGAUACUGUGGCAUCUGAGUUAAACCGCUUAUAUACAUUAUUCUGUGAGCGGAAUCCAUCCUUCAAUGGGCCCGUCUCCCUGGGUGGGCAUUCUCUUGGUUCUGUCAUUUUGUUUGACCUCCUUAUGCACCAGUCUCCAAAUGCUGAAGAUUCACCAAACACUGAACCCUCACCAGCAGUGGAAAGCCACAGUAUUUGUGCAAGAGACCGUACGGACUCAGUUACAUCCCCAGUGAACUAUGUCAUGGGUGGCCAAGGUACAGGGCAACCCUCUAUCACAUAUCCUCAGAUCUCAUUCAAACCAGAUGCUUUCUUCCUCAUGGGAUCUCCCAUUGGUAUGUUCAUCACAGUUCGAGGCAUAGACACAAUAGGUGUGGAUUUUGAGCUACCCACUUGCAAGCGAGUCUUCAACAUAUUCCACCCAUUUGACCCUGUGGCAUACCGCCUUGAGACUCUCAUAGAUCCUAGUCUCACAGAUCUACGACCUGUCUUGAUACCCCAUCAUAAGGGAAGAAAGAGAAUGCAUUUAGAAUUGAAGGAGACCAUAGAAAGAGUUGGGACUGAGGUCAAACAAAAAAUUGUGGACUCCAUCCAGAGCACUUGGAAUCGCCUCUAUGAAUUUUAUAGUGGAAGCUCAACAUCUGCAAAUACAAGUUUAGAGAAGGAAGUGGAUGAGGCUCUGGCAGAGAAGCUUUUCUUGUCGGAUGAUGAGUCACAGCAAGGAGAGAGAAAUCCAGUUGGACGUCUGAAUCAAGGACGCAGAAUUGUCUUGCAAGAGAAGCCAUAUGAAAGCUUUAAUGAGUAUAUAUUUGCUCUUCAGGCCCAUGUUACCUACUGGGAAUCUGAAGAUACAAUGCUCCUUAUUCUCAAGGAACUUUAUGUACCCCAGGGAAUCACAUGUGACAAUGAGCAGAGUCAGCUUGGGCAGCAGAUAACCCAUGGGGAUGGGGACUCUGCUCUUGGCUCAGGUUCACUCUCCCCCUCAAGUCCACCCAUGUUUGAUACAGCAAGUAUGACCCUCUCUCAUCAUGGUUCAAAACCCACAGCUCCAACACCCCCGCCUAGUGAUCCUGUUCCAUUGUUCACAUCUCCUCCAUCUUGCACUGCGACUGUAGAUCAUGGUGUUAACCUUCUACCAGAACCAAGUUUGAGUGCCAUGCCACUAAACCAGGCUUACCCAGGUCCUCGCAUUAUUGGAGGCAGACCAGUCAUUAGUCCAGAUAGUCAGAGUGUGGGUAUGGACCCUACAGUAAAACCAGCAGAGAAGCAAGUUUUGGGUCCGCCUCCUAAAAUGCAACCAGGCUCUUUUGUGAGGGCUUCACCAUUCAGGAGGUAAAGAGGGACAGAGAGGGAAUGUGAGGGAAAUGUUGUGAAUGCAUUUUUAGGGAAUAUGGCAAGGAGACUAUCUUAUUAUUAUUUUUUUUAUAUAUAUAUAAUCUGUCUUAUGAUUUGCUUAUUUAGAAAGUAUUCUGAUUUACAUACAGUGUGCCUUUAUAAUGAAAUCUAAUGAAAGGCUUAAGAGCUUAGCAGUUCUAUAUUAUUAUUUUCUUAUGAAAUGUUAAUUUGAGUCUUUGGUGAUAGGGUGGUGCUACUUCUUGUUUUUGUGUAUAUCGACUUUUCUUUAUGU